CAGACGACCACCUCCCCAAUAAGUAUAGAACCCAGACUACUACCCCGUUUCAUCUUGGGCAAUAUUGACAUGCUCCCGUGCUAGCAACAUGGCCACCACCUUUGCAUCCCUACCGAUCAUUGAUGUGUCCUCUCUCCAGGACCAACCCCCACAGGAGCUACCUGAGCUCAGCCAGCGUCUCUACCAUGUCUUCACCACGACCGGCUUCGCCUACUUGGUGAAUCACCCACUGAGCUUCAACCAUGACGAGCUGUUUGCCAUGGCGCGGGAGUUCUUCUCGCUGGCACUGGAGGAGAAGAUGCAGCUGGGCAAGACGUCGUUUCGGCCGCAGAACAGCAACGCCUACCGGGGAUAUUUCCCAACCCAGCCCCUUGAGGGUUCCGACAACCUGAAAGAAGGCUUCGAGAUUGGUCCUCCAUCUACAUCCCGCACUUCCACCUCCUCGCACCAAAUCAACCUCUCCGAGCCCAACGUCUGGCCUACCCGGUUCCACUCCCGACGAAACCUCGAGCAACUGUACACCGAGCUUCAAGCCCUCGCAUCGAAGCUCCUUUCUCUGCUCGCGCUAUCACUCGGUCAGCCGGCAGACCUGUUCGAUUCCUAUCUCGUCGACUCCCUCAGCACCCUGCGUCUCCUUCACUACCCAGUCGUCGAACCCUCCCCUAACUCCGAUGUCGACUCCGCUCUUGGCUCGAGCCCCGACUCCAUCUCCAACGUGAAACUAAGCUGCAACCCCCACACCGACAGCGGCAUCCUUACCCUUCUCCAUCAAGAUCCCACUGGCGGCCUCGAAGUCCGCGACGCCUCGGGUAACUGGAUCCCCGCACCGUAUAUCCCGGGUUCAUUGGUGGUCAAUAUCGGGGAUCUGAUGGCCAAAGUUUCCGGGGGGAGGUUUGUAGCGACGAUGCAUCGGGUGCGGGCACCACAGGGGCACAGUGGUACUGCCGGUGGCUUAGGGCGGAUUAGUGUGCCGUUUUUCUUUGAGCCCGGGGAGAGGUGUCUGAUUCGGUCGGUGAAUGGAGAUGGGGAUGCGGUGGUGUAUGGGGAUCAUGUGCGGGCCAAGAUGCAGACGUGGGUGGAGUAUCAAGCUGUUGAGAGUUAACUUUUGUCCCUAUACGAGAAAUCGUCUUCAGUCUUCAGAUUCUGCCAAUGCGCGUUUCUAGUAUUACCAUCCGGUUGUCUAGGUUGAUUAAAUUAUAAUCUCUGCUGGGUCGAAUGCCUGCGAACUGAUGCUUUCCGACUGAC